AGCAGGAAGUGAAUCUCUCAGCAUGCCUGCCUGCAGCAGCUGCUGGAACGAGGUUUUCCAGUAUGAGACAAACAAAGUCACUCAGAUCCAGAGCACCAAUUAUGGCACCAUUAAGUGGUUCCUGCAUAUGAUCGUUCUUUUCUACAUUAGCUUCGCGCUGCUGAGUGACAAGCUGUACCAGCAGAAGGAGCCGGUCAUCAGCUCGGUGAACGCCAAGGUGAAGGGCAUCGCGGAGGUGGCGGGCGGAGCCGGGGCGGCGGCGGCGGCGGCGGGCAGCAUCUUCGACGCGGCCGAUUACACCUUCGGGCUGCAGGGGAACUCCUUCUUCGUGAUGACAAACUUCCUCAAGACCGAAGGCCAGCAGCAGAAGCUGUGCCCCGAGUACCCCACCCGCAGAACGGUCUGCUCCUCUGAUCGGGGCUGUAAAAAGGGAUGGACAGACCCGCUAGGCAAAGGAAUCCAGACUGGCAAGUGCAUCUCCUUCAACGCGACCCACAAGACCUGCGAGGUCUGGGCCUGGUGCCCGGCCGAGGCGGUUGAGGAGGCCCCGCGGCCUGCACUUUUGAGCAGCGCUGAAAACUUCACGGUGCUCAUCAAGAACAACAUAGGCUUCCCUGGCCACAACUACACCACGAGGAACAUCCUGCCAGAUCUGAAUGUCUCCUGUACCUUCCACAAGACUCAGAAUCCACAGUGCCCCAUUUUCCGACUAGGAGAUAUCCUUCGGGAGGCAGGAGAGAACUUUUCAGAGGUGGCAAUUCAGGGAGGAAUCAUGGGCAUCGAGAUCUACUGGGACUGCAACCUAGACCAGUGGAGCCAUCACUGCCGCCCCAAGUACAGCUUCCGCCGCCUGGACAACAAGACCACCAACGAGUCCUUGAUCCCGGGCUACAACUUCAGAUUUGCCAAGUACUACAGGGAAAACAAUGUGGAAUAUCGGACUCUGAUCAAAGUCUUCGGGAUCCGUUUUGACAUCCUGGUUUUCGGCACUGGAGGGAAAUUUGACAUCAUCCAGCUGGUGGUGUACAUCGGAUCCACUCUCUCCUACUUUGGUCUGGCCACAGUGUUCAUUGACUUUCUCAUCAAGACCUACUCAAACAGCCUCUGUCAGACCUGCGUUUAUUCGUCUUGCAAGUGCUGCAAACCCUGCAUGGUCAACGAAUACUACUACAGGAAGAAGUUCGAGUUCAUUGUGGAACCAAGCCCGACGCUGAAGUACGUGUCCUUCGUGGACGAGCCUCACAUCCGAAUGGUGGACCAGAAGCUGCUCGGGAAAAGCCUGCAGGACGCCAAGGGCCGGCCGGUCCCGAGACCCGAGGCGGACUUCACGGCGCUGUCCGCGCUGCCCCUCCCGGACCUGGACCCGGACCCGCAGCCCGGGCCGGACGAGGCCGAGGCCGAGGAGCUGCAGCCGCUGCGCGGCGCGCCGGCCCCGGAGCCCGCGGACGGCCCGAGCCCCGGCUGGUGCCGCUGCGGGCGCUGCCGGCCGUCCGCGCUGCCCGAGCCCCGGCGGCCGCUGGAGGAGCUGUGCUGCCGCCGCGCGCCCGGGCCCUGCAUCACCUCCUCGCCGCUCUUCGCCGCGCUCGUGCUGUGCCCGCGGCGCCUGCGGCUGCUGCUGCUGCUCCGCGAGCCGCUGGGCGCCGCGCCGCCCGCCGCCGCCGCCGCCGCCGCGCGCCGCCUGCGCCACUGCGCCUACCGCUGCUACGCCGCCUGGCGCUUCGGCGGCGCCGACCUGGCCGACUUCGCCAUCCUGCCCAGCUGCUGCCGCUGGCGCAUCCGCCGCGAGUUCCCGCGGGCCGACGGGCGCUACCGCGGCUUCCAGAGCCCCUGCUGA